AUGGCUUCCAAAAAAAAAAAUAUUAAUAAUAAUAAAAGGAAAAUAGCUUUGCUACAUCAACAAAAGUUGGAAUUGGCUAACUUAAUUAAACCAACAAAUGUUACAAUUAACAACAGUUUUCAAACUAACAAAGUAUUAGAAAAUGACAAAGAUUUCAAAAAAAUAUUCAAUAAAUUCAAGCUUUCCAAAAAUAAUGAGCAUCCUCACAAUACUAACAACAAUAACCAGCUGAAUAUUAAUACAACCCAAUCCAUUGACAAUUCAAGUCCAACAAAAAUUAUUGAAAAAGUACAAAAAGGCACCGCUACCCAUCAAUUAAACAACACGCAACGUUUAUCAAAAAAAAAAUUAAAAUUAUUAAAAAAACCGACAUUAUCCGAAUUGAAAAGUAUGGUCAAAUAUUCCCAUCCAGAAUCAAUACAAUGGUAUGAUACUGAUGCUCAGUAUCCUCAGGUCAAUGCAUACAUCAAGACUAGUAAAAAUGUGGUCCAAGUGCCUGUAAACUGGCAAUUUAAAAGAGAUUAUUUAACUAGUAGAUCAUUAAUGGAAAAACCGCCGUUUGAACUACCAGAUAUAAUUUUGGAAACUGGUAUACAUGAAUUAAGAAACACGUCUAUAAUGGACACUGAAACCAAUCCACAGGAACAACAAUCAUUGAAGGAUAUUAAUAGAAAUAGAGUACAACCGAAACUAGGUACAUUGGAUUUGGACUAUAAAAAGUUACAUGAUGUGAUAUUGACAAUGGGAGAAAAUUGGAAGCCAGAUUAUUUAUUAUCAUUUGGUGACUUGUAUUAUGAAAAUAGAAAUUUAGCUGAAGAGCAAGCAUGGAGAAAAGCAAUCAGAAAAAUAAGACCAGGCAAGUUGAAUAGUAGUUUAAGAGAGGCUUUGAAUUGUAGCUCGGCAAGACUUCCAGUGUGGUGUAACAAUAAUAAGGAUGAACAUAUUGCUGGGAAAUCAACAUUUAAUAAUCAUUAUCAAAUGGAAUUAUCUAACGGGAUUGAUAAAGAUGGUGUAUAUGCUAAUAUAAUAAGAAGAAAGAAGAGAAAGAUAUCCAAAAAGAAUAAUACUGUAGUUGAAAAUGAACUCUUUGGGGCAAAAGUAUUAGUUAAAAGGACGAACAUAGAAAUAAAUAAUGAAAAAGAAUAUGAUAAUGAAAGAGAAAUAGGAAAAGAAGAGAAUAUUGAAUAUAAAGAUAAUGAUAAAAAUGGUAUAGUAGUGGGGACUACCAAUAAAGAUGAUACAGCUGAGACGUUAUAUACGAUACUUGAUCAGAAAUCCGGUGAAGAAAGUAGGUUAAUAUAUUACGAUAUGAGUGGUAUCAGUAAGAAUGAUACUUUUAAACAAUAA